GGUGGGAGGACUUGUUUGUAGGGGAGAAAAUAGUGUGUGAACCCACUGAGCAUAUAAUGGGUGAAAUUUGUCCUGCCUAGUGGGUGACCUGGAAGAAGAGCUAUAAUCCAAAUUUAUUUAUACAAGUUAAGAAUACAUGAAAACCAUACAUCUACUCACAAGUGUAUUCUAAAUUCAUCUAUAUAAAGGCCUAGUGAUUGUGGCAAGAUAGUUGGAAGAGCAGCAGCAUUUUGUAAAAAGAAUUACAUUGCUUUGCUCAAUGGGAAAUCCCACUGCUGUUUCCUCCUCUAAAUCACUUCAUCAUUUCAUUUUUAUACUCAUAGCAAGCUUGGUCCUGGUUUCUUUUUUCAAUAAUGGAGCUGCAGCUGCUGACAGAAAGCUCUUGGCCUCAGAAUCACAUGAGUUUCAUACCAUCAAACUCAGCUCUAUUCUUCCAGGCUCUGUCUGUGACUCCUCCUCACAAGGUCACAAACUACCAUCACCAUCAUCACUCAAAGUAGUGCACAAACAUGGACCAUGCCACAAAACAAAAGAAUCUUCACUGCCAUCAGCAUCAGAACUCCUGGCCACCGAUGAAUCCAGGGUGAAAUCAAUCAACUCCCGAAUCAGUUUCAGCGCAGCUCGAAACACCUUCGCUUCCACUGAUUCCGUCAGGCUUCCAGCAAAAUCAGGCUCAUCAUUGGGCGCUGGCAACUACCUUGUCCAAGUCGGUCUGGGAACACCAAAAAAGGAUUUGUCGCUGAUUUUCGACACUGGCAGUGACCUUACAUGGACACAAUGUGAACCAUGUGCAAGAUCAUGCUAUGACCAGGCUGAGCCAAUUUUCGAUCCUUCAAAAUCCUCUGCUUAUUCGAACGUCUCGUGUGGUACACCAGCGUGUAAUCAACUGAAAUCCGCGACAGGGAACAGUCCAGGCUGUAACACAAACACAUGUGUAUACGGGAUCCAGUACGGUGAUCAGUCCUUCUCAGUAGGUUUCUUCGGGAAAGAUACAUUAACGCUAACUCCAACCGAUGUCGUCCCCAAUUUCUUCUUCGGAUGUGGCCAAAACAAUCAAGGUCUGUUUGGUCAGACUGCUGGAUUAAUCGGACUAGCCAGAGAUCCUCUUUCUAUUGUUCAACAAACAUCGAAACAAUACGGACAAGUUUUCUCCUACUGUCUUCCGUCUAGAUCCAGUGAAACAGGUUCCCUGACGUUUGGACAAUCAUACGUCUCAAAAGCAGUAAAAUACACUCCGUUCUCUAGUUCGCAAGGCACAACAUUUUACUUCAUCGACGUCCUUGCAAUGUUCGUAGGCGGCCAGAAACUUCAAAUCAGUCCUACUGUGUUCUCCACCGCUGGAUCUAUCAUCGAUUCUGGCACUGUCAUCACACGUUUACCUCCAGCAGCUUACACAGCAUUACGAGACGCGUUCAGGAAACAAAUGACCAGUUAUCCAAUGGGGAAACCAGUUUCCAUACUCGACACAUGUUACGACUUCAGCAAGUACAAUACAGUGAAAAUUCCAACCAUCAGCAUUAUUUUCGGUGGGAACACGAAAAUUGAUAUUGAUGGUUCCGGAAUUCUGUACGCUGUCAGCUCGUCGCAAGUGUGUCUCGCCUUCGCCCCUAACAGUGAUGCAUCUGAUGUGCUAAUCUACGGGAAUGUUCAGCAGAAGACUAUGCAAGUUGUCUACGAUGUUGCAGGAAACAAGUUAGGGUUCGGGGCUAAAGGGUGUCUUUAAACAAGUUGAUUCCGGUGUCGAUAAUUGCCAGAAAAUAUGACAGAUAGCUUUCAGUCAUCGGAAGAAAUGAUUUUAGGCUAUAGACAUCAAAUAUUAUUAUUGCAAGAACAAAGAAUGAUAAACACAUGAAUGUAAGAUCAAGUUCUAUAAAGUGUAUACAAUUUACAUAUAUGAAUUACAUGAUUCUGAACUAA